AUGGAGGUCGCCCCAAACACAGCCUCCAUGUUUGAGGCAGCACCGUGGAGACAUGACAAUGACAAUGCCCUCCACUAUGACCAUGGUGAUUUCGCAGAGCUUGAGGCGCACUUGAACUCUCAACCCACUUGGGUGGGUGAUGCUGUUCGAAAUCUUCUGCACGAGGAGAUGGCUCACUCCCUCUCCAACAUCCAUGGGCAAGUUGCCGAGUACCACGACACGAUUGCGAAGUUGUUGGAGAUCAACCGUUCGGAGGAUGCAGCCUGUCUGCGGCACUUGCUGAAAGAUAUCCCCAUCUGCAGCAUGAAGGCCUUAGACAACAAUGCUUCUGCCGUCAAGAAAGAAGUAGCUCUGCUGCGGGACUUCGCUCGAAAGCCUGACCUUAAAAGCUUGGAGGGCCUUGCCCGGCGCAUCGCCAUCAGGGCUGGCACUUUCAAGAAGAAGUUCGCCGAGCUGCGCCCGAAGCUUGAAAGGCUUACUGCAGAGGUAGAGAAGAUUCAGCGGAAAUGUGAGGCGAACGCCGAGCAAUCGCAGGAGCUCCUGCAGCAAACGGAGCGAAGGCGCGAUUGGUGGUUCCGGCUUUUCGAUCUGAUUGGGAAGACCAUGGCCUUGGGAAGUGGAGCUGUCUUGGCGGGCUCUGUGGGCUCACUGUGCUACUAUGGCUAUCUCUACCAAAGCAAAGCGGCAGCAAUGGGAGCCGCCAAGACGGCCUAUGCAGCUGCCAAAAAGCUCUUGACCGAGAAAGCAACGACGGCACAGGCGGCAGCGACAGAAGCGAGCGCGGCGAAGGCCACUGCUGCGGCAAAAGCUGCAGACGUGACAGCUGCAAACCAUGCACUUCAGGGUGCCACUGGCACGGAAGUCGCAACAACUGGCGCCAGCACCCAUGCUGGGCCCAAAGCUGUUCUUGCAAGCCUUGGGGUGGGAGCAGCAAUAGACAUCUUCCUCUUGCAUGGAGUGUAUGCGGCACACGUUGCAUCGGAAGCGGCCUACGCGGCUGCUUCUGCAGCAUCUAGUUCCUAUGCGGCAGCGCAAGCGGCCAUGGCUACAGCCUCCUCAUCGGUCGCAGUGGCCACGGCAAACAUCGAGCCACUCCAGGCGGCAAUGGGCGCCCUGUCAAUGUCGAUGUGGGCAGUGGCACCUCUUGCAGUUGCGUCGGGUGUAGUCUUGGCUCUCUGCAUGCUCGGCUAUGCUGGCAGGAACGUGUUGAAGCGGAUGCUUGGGAAGAUUUGGGCGGAUGAGAUCAGGGCUCACGAGGCUAGCCAUACAACCUUCAAGCACAUGGCAGGGGUGCUGAAAGAUGCAGUGGAGAAGUUGAGGGCUUCCAGUCGCUCCAAUGAGAAGCUCGAGGAAGCCUUUGCUGUUGUUAUGGAGGCUGCCGAGGAGCUUGCAACCCAGGCAGAGUGUGGCCAGUCCUUGCUCCUGGAUGACGACUUCGAAGCCUUAGAUCUUCAAGUGGAAACGGUCGCCAGCUCGUGCGAGAAGGCCGCCGCCGCCUUUACCGAGAUGCAGAGCCGCCUGGAAGUCGUCUCCAAGGUUCGGAUCCUCGCCUAUGACCCAUCGGAUGAGCAGCCAGCCCCAGUAGGUGCUUGGCAGGAGGCACGCGCGACUGAGGAGCCCGAGAUCAUCCCGGAGGAGGCUGAGCAGCUGCCUGAGGAGGUUGCGCCCGAGGCCGAAGACGAGUUCUUCAGGGAUGGCUGGAUCCUCGUGGAGUCCAGUCCUCUACGACAGGCUUCGGCAGGGGCAGCAGCACCCAAUGUGUGCGUUGCAGAGGAUUGCGUUCCCGGCGGUACAUACAUGCUGGUCCCCAUUGAGUGGGCUGCAAGAUUGUCGAAGAGGUCUACGUGCUUCGCAGCUGGUCCAGAUGGCAAUCGCAUGUGUGAGGUCCUCCUGCAGAAGCAAGCCAACCGGCAAGUCGCAGCCUUUGCCUUGCAAGAGGGUGGCCGCAUCCGAGUUACAGGUGACCAUCCCUUUCGUGUAUGCCGCUCUGGAUCGUGGAUUCACGAGCAGGCCCGCGGCCUUCAAGUGGGCGAUGUGGUCGUGACAUCAGCAGGUGAAGAAGAAGUAGUGCAGCGCUACCCCGCCAGCUUCAGCGAUGAGGACGUCUUCGCUCUGAACAUCUUCCAACAUCCAAGUUAUGGCCGUGCAAGCGAGAUCUUCAUCUUCACACCCAGCCAGGGCAAGAAUGGACAGUUCUCCUUCUCUGGCGUGGCAGUCUUGGGUACAAGUGGCCCUGUGGGAGACUUUGACAUACAAGCUCCUCGCUCCUCUUCCGCGCCGCCGCGUUUGCGUGAUUUGCCUUCUGCUGGGUCUGUCCAUCAUCCACGGGAGGGCCGUUGCCUCAACGUGUGCAAGCAAUUCCUCCGAAGCGGGCAGUGCAGCCGUGGCCGAGAGUGUCAUUUCUGCCACUUGCCUCAUCCCGAGGAGUCCAAACGUAGCUACCGUGGCCCCAGGGCCGAGCGGGGAUAA